GUAAAAGUUAAAACCCUACAAAAGAAGCUGCAUAAACCCCACACCUGCUAAUCAUUUCCUCUUAUCGCCGUUCAUCGGAAUUUCAGUGGAAAAAUGAAUAUGAAGAACAUGAAAGUUCCCAACGUUCCAGGUGGUGGUGCGGCCUCUGCCCUGCUGAAGCUGGGGGUUGUUGGUGGAAUUGGCUUGUAUGCAGCUGCGAACAGUCUCUACAAUGUUGAAGGAGGGCAUCGAGCUAUUGUUUUCAACCGUAUAAUUGGUGUCAAAGACAAGGUUUAUCCUGAAGGGACUCACUUUAUAAUUCCGUGGUUUGAGAGGCCAGUCAUCUAUGAUGUCCGUGCACGACCCCAUCUAGUUGAGAGUACGGCAGGGAGUCGUGAUCUCCAGAUGGUGAAAAUUGGACUUCGAGUACUUACUCGCCCUUUACCAAGCCAAUUGCCAACAAUUUAUCGGACCCUUGGAGAAAAUUUUAAUGAAAGGGUUUUACCUUCAAUCAUACAUGAAACUUUGAAAGCUGUGGUUGCCCAGUACAAUGCCAGCCAGCUUAUUACUCAGCGAGAGGCUGUUAGUCGGGAAAUCCGGAAGAUUCUGACUGAGAGAGCAGCUAACUUCAAUAUUGCCCUUGAUGAUGUGUCAAUUACUAGUCUGACCUUUGGCAAGGAGUUUACUGCUGCAAUUGAAGCCAAGCAGGUGGCUGCACAAGAAGCCGAGAGGGCCAAAUUUGUUGUGGAAAAAGCUGAGCAAGACAAGAGAAGUGCUGUUAUUAGAGCACAGGGUGAGGCAAAGAGUGCCCAACUGAUCGGGCAAGCUAUUGCCAACAAUCCAGCUUUUAUCACACUGAGGAAGAUAGAAGCAGCAAGAGAGAUUGCGCAUACUAUAUCAAAUGCAGCAAACAAGGUUUUCCUGAAUUCAGAUGAUCUGUUGUUGAAUCUCCAGGAGAUGAAAUUGGAGCCAAGCAGAAAGUGAGCUGAUUUCUGAUUCUCUUUAGUUUCUUAACAUGUAAACAAUGAAUUCCAGGAUAUAUUUUGUUGAAAUGUCUUAGCAAAUUCGGAUAUAUUUGGCUUGACCAGAGAGGUAGCGGUAGCCUUUUAAAUCUUUGGCAAAGGAUUAGUUGAGAUCCAAACAAAUGCUUCACAUUACAUAAAAUGAAUGAAAUACU